CAGCGCUGCUCAUAGCCGAGUCCGAAAUUGACCAUGCCUGGACUAUGCCAUGGCCAGGGGCUGGGGAAACCAGAACCACAGCUAUUAUGGAUCACUUUACAAAUCUAUUCGGCCUCACAGCAUUCAUCUACAGGCUUUUCUUUAAUUCUGAAGCACAUUGGUGCCUUUAGUAAGAUCUUUGACCGCAUACAGAGAGCGCUAGUUGAAAUAUGGUCAGCUUUCGUUUACCGUAUUGCAUCUGCCCACUUUUAACCGUGCACCUUGACCUCAAAUUCUCAUCGUUAGAGCCUCAGGAACCCAUGGCAUAAGGAUGCUACUUCUCUCGAUAUAGCAUUUACUUUAACGACACUGCAACUUUACAGAAACAAGUCUCUAAUGACUGUGACGGCAACGUUUUACAGGGCCUCGGAUUCUACUUGUCACACCUCCGAUUGAGGUUCAUCAGCCAAGCCAAGAUAUCCGCGUCGACCAGUGGCGCAGCAAGCCGUCCUCUACAACCACCAAAUUCCAGGCUUGCCAGGAAACAAACAGGUCUAUCCAACGACGGCAGGAUUUAAACGAGGGUCUCAUUUUAUAGACUCGGCGACGACAUGUCAAAUUCACAUAUCAAGGGCGGCGUGCCCGCUGAUGCUCAUCAGUCUGCUCCAACAGAUCCGCUUGAACUUGUGAACACAUCCAGAAGCCUUGUGCAGAAUCCGACAAGUGAUGUGCUUGGAACCAAUUCACUAAACCUUCUAUUGACGCCGGAACAAGCGGCCGCUAUGUCCAAGUCCGUACUGGACGUCUUUCAGCUAGAUGAGGAGCCUCAGAACGAGGAUCAAGCAAUGGGUGAUGGUGAUGAUGUGGUCGACCUUGAAGAUCAACAACGCAGAACCGAAAGGUUAAAGGGAGUGUUACCUAUUCUGGCUCAGCUGUGGUGGGCAGAUUCAGAUCAGAUUGACUUCGUGGCUGAGAAGCUUGCUGAUGGAAGCCGAGAUCCGAAAUGGCGGAUUCCUCUAGGAGAUUCAGGCGUACUUAAUUUCUUCCUUGAGAUAUUCAGUGGGCAUGUUCUGCGUCAUACUUUCAAGAUCCAUGUUCUACGGCUGAUUGGCAAUUCCUGUGCGGAUACGGAUGAAAAUCGGGCACGAGUUGUUGCUUCGAACUACUUGGGAUCUGUAGUCUCGCAAUUACAAGAUGUUACUUUGAUUGCUUUCGUGAUACCCGUAUUGUACAACAUUUGUAUUGAUUAUGAACCUGCACAGAAGCAGGCAUCCGAGUCCUUCUUGACAAAAGAGCUCGUUGAGUUGAUCUCCAGUCCAAGGUUUGAUGACAGUCGAGCGUUCCUUGGGUACGCUUGCAAGUUAUUGGACCUCAUGACUGCUCUAGCUUCCGACCAGGAACUUGCACCUGAUUAUACAGCGAUAGUCCUUCUCAGGAUUGCGGCAGAUAGAGAACAGCCUGUCGACAUGGAUGAUUUCAUUGGUGUUGUAAAUACGGCUGUCGCCUUUCUCCAACAUGAGAAAUUCCAAAAAGCUCUGGUUACCCAAGGUGCUCUAGAUGGCACUCUCGCGGUCUUAGUAGACUCAUACACGCGCUUCGAUUCCCACCCAUCAAUACCAACGAUUGGCUCCGCCUCGCCCUCAGAUCAAGACGAUGCUAAAGCUCUCUCCCAAAUGCGAAGCAGUUUCAACCAAGUCCUCUCCGAUGUUUCCGCCCUUCCCGAAUUUCAAGAAGCGUAUCCCGUCACAUCACCAUUCAGCAGCUCACUUCGCCGCUGGCUAUCAAGUCCACAGCUACAGCUCCAAGUCUGCGCUUGUAUCAUGCUCGGUAACCUCGCUCGCUCAGAUGCCACAUGUGAGGAAUUCGUGCACGUCUCUCAAGUACACAAACUCCUGAUCAACAUCCUCGUCGACGCAACAGACUCACAACUCCUCCAUGCCGCCAUCGGCUUCCUGAAGAACCUCGCUCUGCCAGCUAAGAACAAAGAAGUUCUCGGAGAUGCAGGCCUCUUCGAUGUCCUCCCUCGUCUCUGGGCAAUGGAUGUUCUCCAGCCCAUCCAGUUCUCCGCCAUUUCACUUGUCCGUCAACUCACCAUCGGGAAUUUCCAGAAUGUUCGUCGAGUCUGCAGACGCUUAUCACAAGACCAAGACUCACCCGCUUUCACACGCACUAAACUCUCUCUGUUGAUUGCCCUGUUCGAACGCACGGAUGUCGAGCCCAUCAAGAUGGAAAUCGCCCGCCUGGUAACAUCAAUCUGUCGAGUCUUCAACACAGGCGAAGGUCGAAGUACCGAAGAAUCAGAAACGAAACGCAUACAAAGCACAUUCUUCACUCUCCAUCCCGACAUUGGCCGCCCACUGAGCUUUAUGGUGAGCCAGACAAAAUGGCCUGUCGUCAAAAGUGAAGGCUGGUUCGUGUUCGCGCUCAUGGCGCAGACCGAAGAAGGAGCACAGUGUAUUAGCGAUAUGCUGCAAGAUGUAUCUGUGUUCCGACCUUUGGUGGAGAUGCUCACUGGCAAGGCUCUGGUAGAUUAUGAGCCAUCAUCAUCCUCGCCUGGGUCUUUAUCAUCCCCGCAUAGCACCUUACCCACUAGCUCAUCGCCGCCAAUCCCACUCAUCCAGUAUGAAUCGCAGCCCCAGAGUCCUCAACCGCAUGCUCAAGCGGCGGAGAUGGCGAGGUUGGAUCGCGAAAAUGCAACUGUGAUGGUUAGUGAGUUGUUGAAGAACCGGGGGAGCAAGAUGGCGGUGUUGCGGAGGACGAUGUUGGAGGAUUUGCUGAAGGGUGGGACAGAGCUGGUGAUGAGUUAUCGCGAGGCGAGUCCAAAUUGGAGAUCGCCGAAUACGGUCCCUACUGCACUCGAAAGUAGACAUAGAGCAGGUUUGAAUCUACAGGAGGCUGCGGAACAAAGUAUGAGAGAGCUCUCGUAGGCUGUUGUUCUCUGAGCUCGAGCCUAUGAUUUGCACGUACUAGUUGGACUGGAUGGCAUAGAUUUCUCAAUGAAAAUGUCCUGUGAUAGCUAAACUUUACACAAAGACGAGAGUCUCAGUUGCUCGUUCGGCUUGCAAUCUAAUAAGUAACCGAUGGAUCACAAAGGUACAGGAAUCAGCAGUGAUCUCAGCGCUCCGCGUGUUUGGGCACCUAAGGGGAUGCAGAAAGGAGUUGUAGGAUAUGGCAUCAGCGCACAUGAAUGUGUGUACCAGAAGCUACCUCGCCUGCUAGUCCUCAUGGUGAGUAUCCACAACCCGCCAUAAAAUCGGCUGUCAACAUCUCACAUACUACUGGGAAUUGGUCAUGUUGAUAAGACACGUCACUUCACUCACAUUUUCUACAUCUGAGAUUCUUACAUAAAAUCAUCUCACGGAGCCACUAGAAAAAAUAACGAUUCGAUUGCAAUUGACCGCCACCUAAAGAAAAGCACACGCUGCGCAACGCUACCAUCCAAUCCAAUUCCAUGCCCAAGCUAGAAGAAAAAUCAAGAAAUCAAGAAACCCAUUUAACUCCUCAUCUCAUACCAUCCCUCCCUCCCAUACCCUCCUCAAUAGCCGAGAAGAUU